AUGGUACCUCCACCCAAGGUCUCGCCUGUCACGGGUAGGCAAGUCCCGCCAUACUACCUUCACGCCUCUAGCGUCCAUUUCCAGGACACCCAGGGGAGAUCUGUGCUACUCCGUGGUGUCAAUCUCUCAGGUUCAGCAAAGAACCCAGUGAAGACACCCAGCUGGAGUCAAAAUGGCUUCUGGGAGGACGCAGAGGCUGCCACAACGGACUGGAUCGGGAGCACGCUGGACCUUGAAGAUGGAAGCGCAGACAUUCACCUCGCGCGUUUGCGCGCCUGGGGUUUCAACAUGCUGCGGUUUUGUUUCACCUGGGAAGCGCUCGAGCCCAAGCCUGGCAAAUACGACUAUGAGUACAUGAAGUACGUCGUGAAGUGCCUCUACAAGAUCAAGGAGUAUGGCUUCCGUGUGUACAUGGACCCCCACCAGGAUGUUUGGUCGCGAUUCUCAGGAGGCUCUGGUGCCCCAAUCUGGACGAUUUACGCUUGUGGCGUCGACCCCCACAACAUCACGCCGACGUACUCCGCCCUUGUCCAUAGUGACUACCCCUCGAGGGAGGACCCACACCCGGAAGAGCUUCCUUGCAUGAUCUGGUCCUCCAACUACUACCGCGCCUUCGGUCACCUCGUUUGGACGCUGUUUUUCGCCGGCAAGAUGUUUGCCCCGAAGUGCAUCAUCGACGGAAAGAACAUCCAGGACUGGCUCAACGACCACUACUGCGAUGCUGUCAUGGAGCUCGGCAAGGUCAUUGGGGAAGCUCCCGGUCUGCUGGACGAAACCGUCAUCGGCUGGGAUUCGAUCAACGAACCGUCCGAGGGUCUGAUCGGUAUCGAGAACCUCAACGAGACGCCGAAGAAUCAGACCGUGUUCCUCGGACCGGUACCGACUCCGUUCGAGAACAUGCAGCUCGCAAACGGCCAGGUUGUCGAGGUGCCAAACUACAAAUUUGGCCCGCUAGGACCUGCGAAGGAUGGAACUGUCGUGCUGGACCCGAAGAGCAAGCGGCUGUGGCUCACGCCCGAGGCGGAUGCGGAACGCGGAGCUGGCAAGUGGGGCUUUGUGCGUGGCCCCGAGUGGCAGGUUGGCGAGUGCAUCUGGGCGAUGCACAAUGUCUGGGACCCGGCCCGCAACAAGCUGCUGAACCCGGGAUACUUCCACACUCUGCCCGAGGACCCGCGGCACAAGGUUGAGUUCGUGCACGACUUCUGGCGCUUGCACUGGAUGUCGUAUGCGACUGCCGUGCGCACUUGGCACCCGGAAGCCGUGCACUUCAUGAAUACGACGGUAUUCAAGCCUCUACCGGAACUGCCGGAGAGCUUCCUGCAGCACCGCGCGUGCGCCUCGCCGCACUACUACGACGGCCUGACGCUGAUGACGCGGCAUUGGGGCUGGUUCAACGCGGACGCACUCGGAGUCAUGCGUGGCAAGUACUGGUCUGUGAUCCAGGCGUUGCGCAUUGGGGAGCAAAACAUCCGAAAGUGCAUUCAGGAGCAGUUGGGCCAGCUCAAGGCGGACACGACCGAGUCGCUGGGACGCAGCUACCCUACUCUCAUCGGCGAGAUCGGCUGCCCCUACGACAUGGACGGCAAGGCGGCGUACGGAUACGCGAACAAUGGCAAGGGCAAGGGCGAUUACUCGCAGCAGCAGCGUGCGUGGGACGCAUCAGUGAAUGCGUGCGACGGCCCGAACGCGCUCAACUACACGCUCUGGUGCUACGUGCCGCGGAACAGCCAUCAGUGGGGCGACAACUGGAACGGCGAGGACCUCUCGCUGUGGUCGCAGGACGACACGCGUGCCAUCGAGGACAACGGCGCCGGCUACGACUCCUUUGUUUCUGGCGGCUCUCGCGCGUCGUCCGUCACGCUGACAUCGCGCCGCCCGUCACCCAAGGGUAUCGAGCUCGGCACCGAGGUCACGGCCAAGCUGCUUCUGGACGGUUCUCGUGCCGUCGGCGCCUUCUGCCGUCCCUACCCCGUUGCGACGGUCGGCUACCCCGAGGACAUCAGCUUCGACAUCAACUCGACACUGUGCCGGAUCAAGGUCCGCGUCGCGCCGACCGACAUGCCAGGCGUGACCCAGAUCUACGUUCCGUUCGUGCACUACGCGAGCGACCUGGAGUGGCGCCUGGACGAGGCGGGACGGCCGACGGGCGCAUCGCGCUCUUCGUCGCAGCAGUCGCUGCUCGAGGCGGACCCGAGCUCGAAGACGGGCCGCUCGACUGGCAAUCUGGAGCUCGACAUUGAUGUCCGCGCCAGUAUCGGCAGCUGGACAACGGAGGGGCAGUACCUGUACUGGACCUACGAUGUGCCACGCACCGAGACGACGUACACGAUCGAGAUCCGCAGGAACGGCGGGCCCCUUCGCGUCAACUACAAUGCGAAGCGCGAUCAGGGCCUAUGGGCCGACAUUAAGGAGUACUUUGGCUGGGACUGA